AUGAGGAGUGUGUGUAGGAUCACGGCGAGGCAGGCGAAGUGUAAGGCAGCGGCGUCCGCAACGCUUGGCUGGCUGGCCCUCUGCCUCCCUGCGGCCAGCGGUGGCCCCUCAGCCACAUCGGGCUUCCACCAGUCCCUGUUGUCGCCGCUGCAGUCUCCUCCCUCUUUCCGUAGCGCAGCUUCCUGCCCAGAGAGAGGCCUCCUCUUCCUGCCAAACACCGCGCCCUCGUCUCCACCAGGCUCCAACGCCCACCACACAGCCUGGAGCCCUGGUGGAGUUACAGGCUUUAACUCCACCUCUUUCCAAAUCCAGAGCAGUUCGUGCCACAGUGGUCCUCGGAAUCCAAUGGCCCCUUCUUCUAUCGUUUCAGGGCCCCUUGGUUCCCACCCCGACCUUUUCUUCCACCUUCUUAGUCCUUCUGCCCCAUCUGCUUUCCAUCUUCUGGGAAUUCGCCUUGCCGCCGCCCCCCUCCUCCCACCUUUGUCCGUGCCCUUAAGGAUUUGUUCUUUACACAUAAAUAUGUCUUUCCUCUUUUUGAAAGGAUUUGAAGUUGGAACAGAGAAAUUCACUAUGGAUGACCUUUACAUGCCCUUUGGAAUCUCUGUAAUUAUCCUGAGGGCAAAACUUAUGUAAUGAAGAUGGAAGAAGAGAAAAUAGGAAUACUCUGUGUGCUUUGAUCUUAUCAUUUAGCUGCUGCUUGUACCAUCCCUGGAGUCCUACUUCUGACUCCAAGUUAUGAGGUAACAAAUUUGUUUAUAGUUAAAGCAAUUUGAGUCUGGGUUUUCUAUUACUUGCAGUUGAAGGCAUCUUAAAUGGCUUAGCUUUCCCAGACUUAAAUGAUAUAGAAUCCCUAGACAGUACCCUUAUACUUUUAAGUUAUAUGAAACAAUACAUUUUCAGACACUCAUUGAUACAACCAGUUCCCAUACCAGGAAGUAGGACAUUACUUUCAGACUUAAAAAAUCCAGUAUUCACUUGCAGAUAAGGGAUAAGGAACUAUCUGAAAAUGAGACUGAGGUAAAAAAGGCAUCAUUCUAAUCUACACUAUAAGAAAUAAUACACCAGAAUUAGCAAAUAAUUCCCUAAAUAAAUGCUGUCAACAAAAUGAUGAGCAUUUUAUAUUCUCCUCAGAGGAAGAGGUAGGCUUCUGGACUCCAGUCUCUUCACCUCACAUCUAUUUUCUAUAUACUUUAAGUUUCUCUGCCUUAAAGACGUGAUCCUGAUAUUCAAUCUUAUGAGGAUAAACAAUAACAUUCUAAUCACCUAUUUUUUUUAAAUUUAAUGCAUUAUAUUAAGGCCAUCUUUCAAAAUUACCAAAAUUAAUAUGGUUUACUUCAAUCUUUAUAACAAUGAAAAGAUCUAUGAUGAUAAAAUAGACCUUUCUCUAUCUCAUUUCUUUUUCUCCUUGCCACCUCUCAGGAUUUCCCAGUGUUCUCAUGUUCCACCUUCAAUCACACUUAACCAAUGUUAAAUCUCUGGCAUAUAUUUUCCCAAACCAUUUUCUAUGAUGUUAUAACAAUAUAUAAAUAUAAACAGAAAUAUAGGAAUUUGGAAGUCUUUCUCACUUUUUAACCUAAGUGGGAUCAUACACUUUAUAUUUGUGUGCAACUACACAACCAUAUAUAUUUCUAAAACAUCUUUAUAAUUGCAUAAUAUUUCAUAUGAUAUAUAGACACAAUGUAUUCAACAAUUCUGGUAUUGAUAGACAUUCAGGAUUUUUCCCCAGCUAUUUUGGCUAUUGCAAACAAUGCUGCACUAACAAGCGAAUGCAAUCCCAUUGUGACAUUUCUCUUUCCAUCUAUUUUGAGGGUUGAUGGUGCUUAUUUGGCUGAUGAGGUAGGUAUCUUGUCUUCUCUCAAAGUUGAGGUAUUCUUUCUUCUUAACGUUACCUUUACUGAUAUAAAAGAACCUUUCCAGAUAAAGAAGACUAUCUUUCACCGGGCGCGGUGGCUCAUGCCUGUAAUCCCAGCACUUUGGAAGGCCGAGGUGGGUGGAUCACAAGGUCAGGAGACCGAGACCAUCCUUGCUAACAUGGUGAAAACCUGUCUCUACUAAAAAUAGAAAAAUUAGCUGGGCUUGGUGGCAUGUGCCUGUAAUCCCAGCUACUCGAGAGGCUGAGGCAGGAGAAUCGCUUGAACCAGGGAGUCAGAGGUUGCAGUGAGCCGAGAUUGCGCCAUUGCAGUCCCGCUUGGUGACAGAGUGAGAUUCCAUCUAAAAAAAAAAAAAGAGUAUCUUUUAUUUAAGAAUAUAUAAUAUAUAUGUGCUUUGUCUGUCCCUCCCCCAGUAUUCACAAAUGUUUAGUAAUCUUCUAAGAAGUUAUUACAGCAAAAAAGAAAAUUUAAAAAAAAUUAACAGAGAACUUGAGAAAUGGUAUCAACGAUGACACAGCAUAUUAAAAUGUGUCAGUUACAGCCAGCACUCUAUUCAAAGGCAAAUUUAUAGUAAUUGCUAUUUCCCUUAAAAAUUAGCUAGAAAUUAUCAUUAUAGAUAGCCAUGGAAACUUAAAAAUAACUAAAAUAUGCAGAGGCGUAUGAAAUAAAAGCAGAAAAUUAGUAGAAGGCAUAGCAAAACCUAUGUCUAAAUUUUGUGAAAAAAUAAAACAAUAGGAAAGAAAACUGGCAAUUCAGAAAAAAAGACCAACAAAUGCAAAGGGGAUUUAUAGUAAGUUAUUUGAAAAUAUAAAAUUGUCAUGCAAUAAUAAACUUAUUCACAAGUAUUUAUGGAGUGUCUCCUAUGUUCCAGACCCUUUCCUAGGCACUACAGUACUAGAAUGAAGUAGAUAAAUAAGAUUCCUGCCUUCAAAGUUUAUAUUAUACAGCAGUCAGAGAGAAGACAAAACAUUCUAAAAGACAAGUUCAUAUAGUGAUAAGUACUACAGGGUAAGAAAAAACAAGGUAAUGGGGUAGAAGGAGAGAAUCUCUGAACAGGUAAUAUUUCAGUCAAGCUCUGAAUAUGAGAAGCAAGCAGUUAUGAAAAGUUAUAAAAAGCUAUGGGAGUAAGAAAUAACUCUAGCAUAAAAGCUUUGAAGUGGAAACAAGUAUGUUUCUCAAGCCUUUGAGAAUAGAAAAAUGCUGUAGUAUACAGUGAAAAGGAAACCAUGAUUGAAUCAGAAAAAAGUGAGAUCAUCCAGAGCACUGCUUCUUCAUUCUUAUUUCAUUAUUGUCCCCUCUUCACUAGAUGGCUUUAUAAGGUUCUUUUUUCUUCUUUUUCCUAAUUGUCUCCUCAUGAAAUUUGAAUACCGAUGAUGUACUGUAUAAUCUAGUCAAUAAAUACAUGUGUAUCUGUAUUUUAUACAUAAUCAAGCUGUAUGCAGGAUUAAGUAUGAAUAAAAUUUGAAGGUAGUAAAGUAAAAUUAGAAAGCUAGUAAUAUCUAAGUUGACUGUAUAACUGUAUUGCUAAGGGAUUUUUAAUGAAAUUUAUUACAUAAAUUAUAAUGUGUCAAAUAUAUAUGUAUAUUGGCAAUUUAUAUAAAUACAUAAUAGUGAUAUAAUAACAUUUUAAAAAUUAUUCAAAACAUUUUUCUAGCAAAGGUGAAACAAUUGAAAACAUUAAAUUAAUUUUUUAAAAGUUAUUUUUGUAAAUUUAACUUUUUACUUUUGCUUGAUGUGA